CUCAUCUCUCCCGCUUCAUCCGCCAUCGCAUCUUGGCCAACAUCAAGCCCAAAGACACAGACCAGGUCCACUUUUUUAACAAAUGGCCCACAAUCAACAACAAAGCGUUGCCAGCGUAUCAAGGACGUGAGCGUCGAGUCACAAUUGCGGUGUUAUUGGUCCUCAAGCCAAAAACAACACGGUCACGAGCCCUGUGAAUGACGGGAUUUGCCUCCAAAACAGACACGUUAUAGAGCCGUGAAUACGUCUCAGUUUCGUGUAGUGGAUCACCUUAUAAAGGGAAUAAAUAGUCUUAUCUCUCAGGGUCAAUAAACAAAAAGCACCAUGUGACCGUCGCGUGUUAAGCUUCGGGCGCGUUAAGUGCUUCCGAAACAAGACUAGUGCGGGGGGCUCGAGAAACAGUCUUGUUCUGCACGGUUGGCGGGGCUUGAUUGGAUGUUAUGCGUUGUCUAGGGGGAGGGAAGGAGGGCCCAGCCUCGUUGAUUUUGGGUCUUGGAGGGGAAGUUGCGAAUGAAUGUGUGAGCAGAGGCAAUGUAGACUGAGUGAGUGAGUGAUGGGUUAAGGCAAGGGUGAUGGUUAUCUGUAGUUGUUAGUGAUGUGCAUCAAUUCUUGUCUUAGUAAAUGUCAGGCAGUAAUUGAAUAAUCACUUGUGUUUCAUGUCUAACUUCCUUCCUUCCUAUCCUUGAACUUUCAUCCUUCCUUUCCCCUUCUCAUCCACAUUCCCAGGCUGCUCAGUCGGUCAAGGAACCUACGGCCCCAUCCCUCUUUCCUUCUCUUUUCUAUGCACUCAAACAUUACCUUACCCUUGCACAAGGAAGUUGGAAGUAUUGUUCCUGAGCUUCCAUUUGCCCCUUCUAUCUCCUCUCUACAGUAACCAUCCAUCUAUUCAUCCAUCCAAUCAUCAUUCCAUACCAAACACUCGAUACUCAUUAACGUUAAACUUCACAACCGUUUUUGUCAUAACCCACCUUUCAUUAUCUUAUUCAAAGACAAGUCGAGUCAAUUCAGUGGCAGAGAAAGCCGUAUAUCACUCAGCUAUCGUCUCUAUGACUUCCUUCUUCACAGUCAACAACAACGUCUCGCUCGUCAGCAUCACUAUUGCUCCAAGCACGUAUCUUAUCACUGUUGCUCUGCUUCUUCUCUUUGCCAUUAUUUACGUUCCCCGUCUUUUGGCUUGCCGGUUUCCUAAUCUGGGCAUACCGUUGCCAUCGCUGGCUUCAAUAUUAAGGCCAAUACUUGGAGACCCAACAGACAGUCAAAGACAGCCGACCAAACCUGAAAAGACUCUACCGGAGCCACCAUAUGCCGCCACUGGACUUGUAUUCGAGGAUCAACAGCAACUUGUCAUCUCUGGGCAGGAUAUUGUCCUUGCGCAGCGCCGCCAUUACCUCCAACAACAACAAUUAGCUCAACAACAACGAUUUCUCCUCGAGAAGCAAAAACAACUUGAGUUUCAAGAAGUAGAAUAUCGUCGUCGUCGGGAAUCGCACCAGGACUCAUCACCAUCAAAAAGAUCUACCGACAAUGGAUCCCCUCGAAGGUCUAGACGCCAGCCUACAGGACUUCGAUCUCCCACCAAGUCCAUCACUGCCCCAUCACUCAGCUCACCGCAGCGAAGCAGCAAUGACAGAAGGGGAUCUCGAGGAUUCGGAGACCGCAUCCGCGGGUGGGUACUCACCGCCGGCGUGGCGAAGGCUGGGAAACGGAGACCGGAGUAGUGGCUUCUGGAGAGCUCCUCAGGACUUUAUGCACCGAGGGAUGAGCACGCUCAGAGAGAGCUCCCCUGAACUGGAUGACAGUGAGGACGAUGGCGUCCUGGAGAGAGCCAUUCGGACGAGGCUGCCCAGAGGGAGCCAGAGUCCAGGCAAAGGCAGGAGUAUGAGCCCUGAGAAAGCGGAUGAUCCCACAAUUCAGUUUCAGCUCCAGGAUAAGUCAAGUCCUUCAAGAGAGCUGAGCUUGCAUGAAGCGACACCAGAUAACUGUAGGUGAAGUUGUGGCCAGAUCCCAGAUACAUAUCUAAUACAUGUCAGAUAUCCGCUUUGCCGUCCGUGCCGAAGUUCAGCAUCGCACUGAACCUAUUGAGACAGCCAUCAACUUCAUCCGUGAUCACUACAAAGCUCUUACUAGAACAUGGUCAACAACUUUCACCACCAUCAUCGUUGCCUUCUUCUCUGUCUCUAUCUUCAAGUCUCUCUUACAGCCCGCUGCCCCUCGACCAGUUGGCGAUCUUGUGAAAGUUGCAGGACUAGCUCGCUCAUUCGAACCCCUCAUCUAUUACUCUGAGCAUGCUGUCGCUCAAGUACAUGAUCUACAGGCGACCAGCGUUGCUGUCUGGGAUCUUGGUGAGAGUGUGCGUACAAGCGAUAUGCGCGAUGCUCCUAGAAUCGUGGCAGACCUAGAUGCUCUAAGUGAAACCAUGAAAACGUUGGCCAUAGAGAUGACCAAAUUCUUUGCUAGAGUCGAUGGUGAUAUCGAUGGCAUCCUCAACGUCAUGGAUUGGGCCAAAAUGCACCUCAACCGCCUCAAAUCAUCCCCUUCUCCUUCAACUAUCUCCUCAGCCUACGACAACAUCCACAAUCUUCUCUCUCAAGCACACGUCCUUGAGGAUGCCUCCGGCUCUCCUACCACCCUUGGUCGCUUGACCAGCCACAUCUUUGGCCUCUCGAAUCCGCAAAGGGAGCAACGAAUGGUGCAGCUUCUCUUCACAGAAUUUCUUUCUGUCCUUGAAGACUCCAUCCAAGCUGAGCUACAACAUAGCGUCACCCUAUUCGCCCUUUUCGAAGCUGUGGAUCAUCACUUCCUAAAUCUCGCCCGCACUGUUGUUCGCGAGUCGUCUGCCCAGGAAGAACUUCAUGCCGAUAUGCUUUCGAGCCUCUGGACACGGCUCCUUGGUACAAGAGCGGCCGAAUUACGUAAAUUUGAGCAGAACCGUCUGCUACUACGUGACGUCCGGGACAAGACGGUGCGCAAUAAAGGCAUUCUUGUCGAGCACAACGGCAAACUUUUGACUUUAAAAGCGUCACUAGAAACUCUUCGCAGCAAACUCGUCUCGCCUCUUGUUCGCGGCGUCAACUCUACAACACUUACAUUGGAGGACCAAAUUCGUGGUCUCAGCGAUGUGAGUGAUUACCUCGGUGAUGUCAGGAAACAGCAGAAGGGCAAAGUCAUGGAGACUCUGUUUGGUAGCGUACCGAGCAAAAAGUUUGCGAUCGAAGACAGGCCUGGCACUGUUGUCGUAAAUCCCCUUUAAGGAUGCAUGGAUUCUUUGAGACCCCAAAUCACAUGUUGGAUUUCUCUAAUAGUUCUCUUUCUACUUUGGAAUGCAGUCACUUAUCAGACGUGUCUUGUAUACCAUGAAUCCAAAGGAAGAAGACCCUCUGCCCUGGCAUAAUGCUGUUGCAAUAUGAUUGUCCAACAAACUUUGGAAUUUCCCUGCUCUGUGGGUACAGAAAAGGAAUUUUGUUUGGGCGUUUGGGUAUAUCUACACUGACAUGGUCCAUUGCAUAUCACGAAUAGCCUCUAGUUAUACCUCUUAGUUUCAAUUUACAAGUUAGCAUUUUCACGAUUUUCUACAUGUACAAGGCAUCACAUCGAGUGAAUGUUCCUUUCUCAUGAUGGCGGGACACGCACAUAAUAGUACUUAAACAUGUCUCUUUCA